AUGACGAUAAAAUAAGUGGCUCUUGCACCAAUUUCAAAACAUCAGAGUUCGUACUGAUAACUUUACUGCCGUGAAGAUCAGAUUUAUCUAGAUUUCGCUCCGAUUGUAUUUUUACGACAGUUAUGUAGCCGUUUUCUCCUCUUCAUAGCGACCUUAUGUGGUGUGAAUCAUGGAGACCACCCCGAUAAAACUGACACCAGCUAACCUGAAUGAAAACACACCAAAUAGUGUUCAGUCUUCUUCAAGCAGGUCAAGCGCUGCCAAGCCCAUGAGCUCCUCACUGAAGGAGAAGUUAAAAAGAUCGCGCCACUCAUUCAGAUCCCCCCUCGGUGUGGUUAAACGAUUAAAAAUAGAAGAUGACGGUCAACCGGGAGACGACACGGAUGUCAAUCGGAAUAAUGUGAGGGAGCAAAGAGACCGUUCACAUCACACAGCUGAGCCUGCACAAAAAGACCCUGCUCGGCAGUGUGAGGAGCUAAGGAAAGCAGUGAAGGAGAAAUCAGAAACCUUGAGGAGAUUAAAGAUGGCCAAGAUGUAUAGAAAAAAGAACGAUCUGACCCAGCUACAGAGGCUCGUAGACAAAUGGAGAUCCUGUGCUCAGUCUGUGCUGUGUGAAUUACAGAGUGAGUUACCCUCCGAGGGAAAACAAGUCCCUCUGUCUCAGCUUAUAGACAGCUUAGGGUUAGAUGACAAAAUACUACACUUUGACAGGACAGAGGAAGACUUCACGGACAACUGAAACUCGUUGUACUGUGCUCAUUUUAUUCAGAAUAUUUAAAUAUCCUUAAGAAGUCUGUUCAGAAAAGGUUGUUCAUUAAUGCAUUCAGACAGGGUGAUUAUUCAGAUUUAUAGGUGGAACCGAUAAAAGACAUUGUGAAUUUUGUUAGGUUUAUUCAACUUAUUGUUAUUUAUUACACAUUUUCUUGUGUUCUCAUGUCACAUCUGUGUAUUGAAAUAAUAAAAUUUUUCAAA